GGUUUUGAGAUUGGUUAAAUUAAAAAGCAGAAACCUGAAACAUUUGAUAGCUUCUUCGGCUGCAAAAACCUAACAGACACCGACCGGCGAGAGAGGCGGAAGAGAACACAGGCGGGCGGCAGCAGCAGCAGCAGCCAUGGUUCACGUUUCAUAUUAUCGAAACUAUGGGAAAACCUUCAAGAAGCCACGUCGUCCAUACGAGAAGGAACGUUUGGAUGCUGAGUUGAAGCUUGUCGGAGAGUACGGUCUUCGUUGCAAGAGAGAGCUAUGGAGAGUUCAAUAUGCUCUUAGCCGUAUCCGUAACAAUGCUAGGAAUCUAUUGACACUGGAUGAGAAGAACCCUCGUCGGAUCUUUGAGGGUGAAGCACUUCUAAGGAGAAUGUUUAAGCAUGGUCUUCUUGAUGAAACUCAGAAUAAGCUCGAUUAUGUUUUGGCUCUCACUGUUGAGAACUUUCUUGAGCGCCGCCUUCAGACUCUUGUUUUCAAAUCUGGCAUGGCUAAGUCUAUUCAUCAUGCUAGGGUUCUUAUUAGGCAGAGACACAUCAGGGUUGGGAGGCAAGUCGUGAACAUCCCAUCCUUCAUGGUGAGGGUUGAUUCACAGAAGCACAUUGACUUUUCACUCACAAGUCCCUUUGGUGGUGGUCUUCCUGGUCGCGUGAAGCGAAAGAACCUUAAGGCUGCAGCUAAGAAGGCUUCUGGUGGAGAUGGAGACGAAGAGGAUGAAGAUUAAAUUGUGUUUUUCUUGUGUUUAAAUCGAGAGAUGAAGAUUAAAUUAUGGUGGCCUUUUUUAUCUGUCUUAGACUUUUUAGAUAUUUUAUUAUGCAUUUACCAUCUUGUUGUGUGAGGAAAUAUUUGCUUGAGAUAUGUUUAUGAAUUUUUCUUUUCCAAGUAAUAAGUUUUGCUUCUAUA